AUGCGGUUGGACGAUUUCUCACAAAGCGUGAAAGACAAGUAUUCUGCGAGGGUGCAGGAGCUGUUGGCAGCGCUUCCAGUUGUGAAGCAAGACAAGUUUCAAGGACUGGAAUUCAAGAACUUACAACCAAACACAUUCGAAAACGCAAAAUUGCCGUUUACUGUUUGUAUUCUCUUACCAAUCAAUAAAGGAGCAUAUAAAGAGGAAGAAAAGAAAACAGACUGA